UCAAUAGAGACUUUGCCUUCAGUUAAUUUUCUGUAAUGUAAAAACAGAAGUACAGAAAUCGAGUUCUUCAAAUCACCCUGAUUAUUCUUCAACCUAUAUUAUAAAGGAAGAUAUUUUUAUAUUCAGACAUUCAGAAUUGGGACAAAAAACUGAAAAAAAUGUAGGCUACUAGAUGCUAACUUCUUAUUAAAUAGCCUACCAAACCUGACAGGAGAUUCGGUAAAACUGCUGCUCACCUUUGGACCACUACAGUUAUUGUUUGUUAAGUGUCAUUAUGGAAUCAGUGCCACCACCAGUAGGGGUCAGAGGGUACAGGUACAAAAUUGAUUUAGCCCUUCUGCUGUGCCCGUGUUUUUACACUCUAGCCAACGUAAUUAGCAUUUCUAAUAUGUCUAUGCUACAUCAGUGCCAAUUUGAUGAAUUAUCGUCCAGUGUUGGCUCGCUCUGCCUGCUAGCGACACUCCGGCAAACCUGCACGCGUUGUAUAGAAAAAUGUCCCCUCCCCUCUUUCUGCAGUCCACACUUUUGAAAAAACGCAGCUUUUCGCACCCUGUGCCGGCUUUCUGCACAAUCCCAUUCGCCGAAAAAAGAAACAGAGUGUUCAUUUCCAUAUUACCUUUUCCAGCAUACUCCGCCCGUCUCCUCUCCUCCAUCCGCAUGGCGAGGCUGAUGCUGAUGCGAGUGUAUAGUUAGCAUCUUCUCAUUGACUCCCUCUGGCUCCACACGUCCAUGUGCGGCUCUGAUCAUUCUCCUAAUACGCUCCCCUUUCUCUUUUCCCUCCAGUGUUAUGAUAUAGUCUCCGCUUUUUUAUACAAAGCCUAUUUUUUCAACACUCUCAUUUUCUCCCUAAAAUUCCAUUGCUGGAAGCAAGGCAUUUUCUUUUAUUAAUUUUUCUAGUGUUUGGAAUUAUGUGAAUGGGUAGCAGCUGCUGUUACUAAACAUCUCGAAGAUCUUUCGUCAGUCACUUUUUUUAUUCGAAUUCGGUUGUAAGUCACGUCUCAUCGUGAACGCAAGACGCUCUUGUGUCUCGCCGCGAGACACAGUUUCUUAAAACAGCCUCGCCUCGAGUCUACAACUUGAUUGGAUUGUGCGUGUUUAUGUUAGUUGUUUUCAUUGUCUGAACUGUCAAAUCAAGAACAGCACCGCUGUAUACAGCUCGCGCGCAUCACCGCUGCUCCAUGGAGACUUGAGCCGCGCGCACCGAGCGCAUUCACUGUGAAUUUAACCGAACUACAGAAGAGCAAGUCAACAGCGAGUGUUGGAGUCCACCGGAAUCUACUCACCGUCUUUGUGCAAAGUUGCUUGUCAAAUUUCUCUCAGCCUAUACAGGAGCUACCCAACAAAAAUGAACCUCUGUUAACGUCUGUCUGUCAGAGCAGAGGUUUAUUGAUCGUCAUCUCUGCAACUGGUGGACACCGUUACUGCUACACUGCCACCAUGAUUCAUUUGCGCCUUCCGUCGACCCCUUUCUCCUUAACUCCUUGCCUUUCCUCUCUCCUCCUCCUGAUCUUCCUCUUGGGCCUUGCCCAUCUCUCUCAGGCCGGUGGCGACGCGUCCCACAGCAGCCCGGGGAACUGUUCAGGGGAGGACAGCUGCUCUGAGGGUGUUGUCCUGCCAGUAUGGAACCCCCAGAACCCCUCUGUAGGCGACAAGGUGGCACGUGCCAUCGUCUACUUUGUGGCCCUCAUCUACAUGUUCUUGGGCAUGUCCAUCAUCGCAGACCGGUUCAUGUCAUCCAUCGAGGUGAUUACAUCUCAAGAGAAGGAGAUAACGAUCAAGAAACCCAACGGAGAGACCACCACUGCGACCGUGCGUAUCUGGAAUGAGACAGUCUCCAACUUGACCCUCAUGGCCUUGGGAUCGUCGGCCCCUGAGAUCCUCUUAUCCGUGAUUGAGGUCUGCGGGCACAAGUUUGAGGCUGGACACCUGGGCCCAAGCACAAUUGUGGGUAGCGCUGCCUUCAACAUGUUCAUCAUCAUCGCCAUCUGUGUUUACGUGGUCCCAGAUGGUGAGGUACGCAAAAUCAAGCACUUGAGGGUCUUCUUUGUGACGGCAGCCUGGAGCAUUUUCGCCUACAUUUGGCUCUACUUGAUCCUCUCUGUCUUUUCUCCUGGUGUGGUGGAAGUUUGGGAGGCCGUGCUUACUUUCCUCUUCUUUCCGCUCUGUGUGGUUCAGGCCUGGAUCGCUGACCGUCGUUUGCUCUUUUACAAAUAUGUCCACAAGCGCUACCGUGCUGACAAGAACCGUGGCAUCAUCAUUGAGACGGAGGGUGACGGCAUGUUCACCAAGAUGGAUAUGGAGAUGGACGGCCAAGGUGCCAAUUCCCAUCACAAGGAGGCACUUGAUGGGAUGCUGGCCGGGGUGGAGGAAGGAGGUGGUGGAGGAGGUGGAGGGGAAGAAGAGGAGGCCAGGAGGGAGAUGGCUCGUACGCUGAAGGAACUCAAGCAAAGACACCCAGAGAAGGACAUGGAGCAGCUGAUUGAGAUGGCGAACUAUCAAGUGCUGGUGCAACAGCAGAAGAGUCGAGCUUUCUAUCGCAUCCAGGCCACUCGCAUGAUGAUCGGAGCAGGGAACAUCCUGAAGAAGCAUGCUGCAGACCAAGCCAGGAAGGUGGUGAGCUGCCAUGAGGCUAAUGCCCAAGAAGAAGACCCUCACACCAUCUACCUGGAGUUUGAGCCCUCUCAUUAUCAAUGCUUUGAGAACUGCGGCUCUUUAAAACUCUCUGUAACCCGACAUGGUGGAGACAGCGGCUGCACUGUCAAGGUUGACUAUCGCACAGAGGAUGGCACUGCUAACGCAGGAUCAGACUAUGAAUUCGCCGAGGGCACUCUGGUCUUUAAACCGGGUGAGACGGUGAAGGAGCUGACAGUUGGCGUGAUUGACGAUGACAUAUUCGAAGAAGAUGAGCAUUUCUACGUACAUCUCAGCAACCCUCGUGUUGUCCACCGUGCCGAGGUCUCCGUCCUCGACCCUAAUGCGGUGUCUCCAGGCAACAGCAUUAUAGGGUCCAGCCACGCUCCUCCCAAAGCUGCCCUGGGUAACGCGCACACUGCUACAGUGACCAUUUACGAUGACGACCACGCGGGGAUUUUCACAUUCGAGAACAAUUCCACACGAGUGAGCGAAAGCGUGGGCAUCAUGCAGGUGAAGGUCCACAGAACAUCUGGAGCGAGGGGGAAGGUGGCAGUACCGUACCACACUACCGAGGGAACCGCCAAAGCUGGAGAAGACUAUGAAGAGGUGGCUGGCAAACUGGAGUUCCUCAAUGAUGAGACCAUGAAAAUCCUGGAGGUGCAGAUCAUUGACGAUGAGGAGUACGAGAAGAACAAAACCUUCACCAUCCACCUGGGGGAGCCAGUGCUGCUGGAGAUCGGGCAGAAACACGGAGACUCCAAUGAUAACAAACCAGCGGUGGGGGCAGAGGAAGAGGAGGUGGCCAAGAUGGGGUGUCCGAGUCUGGGAGAGCACACCAAACUGGAAGUGGUGAUAGAGGAAUCGUACGAAUUUAAGAAUACUGUCGACAAGCUCAUAAAGAAGACUAACCUGGCGCUGGUGGUGGGCAGCUGCAGCUGGAGAGAACAGUUUGUCAGCGCUGUCACUGUCAGUGCAGGUGAUGAUGAUGAAGAGGAGAGUGGGGAAGAGCGCUUGCCCUCGUGCUUUGAUUACAUCAUGCACUUCCUGACAGUUUUCUGGAAGGUUCUGUUUGCCUUCGUUCCACCUACGGAGUACUGGAAUGGCUGGGCCUGCUUCAUCGUCUCCAUCAUGCUCAUCGGGGUCUUGACCGCUGUUACUGGAGAUUUGGCCUCUCACUUUGGUUGUACAGUGGGCCUGAGGGACACUGUCACAGCAGUGGUGUUUGUGGCCUUGGGCACAUCUGUGCCUGAUACCUUUGCCAGCAAGGUGGCAGCCAUCCAGGACCAAUACGCCGAUGCAUCCAUUGGAAAUGUGACAGGUAGUAAUGCAGUUAACGUCUUCCUGGGUAUCGGAGUGGCGUGGACCAUCGCUGCUGUGUACUGGCACAGUCAGGGCAAAAAAUUUGAGGUCCCGCCGGGGUCGCUGGCGUUUUCCGUCACCCUCUUCACCAUCCUGGCAGUGCUGAGUGUUCUGACACUACUGUAUCGCCGCCGGCCCUCUGUUUCCGGGGGCGAGCUGGGGGGCCCGCGAACCGCCAAGCUGCUCACCGUGUUCCUCUUCCUCAUGAUGUGGCUCAUCUACAUCCUGCUGGCCUCGCUAGAGGCUUAUUGCUACAUGCCUGGCUUCUGAGAAAGUUCCUAAAGAGAUGUACUCUUUGCUGUAAAACCUCCCAUCAUUCUUCCUCUCUGCUUUUGUGUACACGAGAAGUCUAAAAUGAGUGUUUACAUCUGUUCUUACUGAUUAUUAUUGUUGUUGAAAUUGAACUCGCAUCCUUUCGCUAACACUGACGUGGAUAUCUAGAUGAGUGUCAGUGAAGGAUGAUAGAGGCUCUGUGGUUUCAUGCACAGCUUCUCUUUAUAGAUGGAUCUCUCUUACAUGGUGUCUGCCACCCCUUGGAUAUUCAGACACAGCAACUCUCUCCAGAAUACUCUCCAGAGAGCCCCCUCAGCGUUUUUCUUGCUUCAGUGCUGUUUUUUCCAAGGAUGGUCCUUUACGCCUCACUUCGAUAUUCUCUCAGAAAUCCCUCUUCUAUUAUUCUCUCUUCCCUCUAAGUCGCUGUCAAUAGACUCAUUCCUUCUGCAGAGAUUUGGGUAUGCUUCACACCUCUACCUACCCUCAAGACAUGAACACUCUGUUUCAUCUGUCUUCUCUUGCCUGUAACUGAAGCUCCCCGCAGAUAUUCGUACCACACUAUAGCGCUGUUCAUUUUUCACAACUAUAAUUUCAGCUCAAGUGAUCCGGUGAGGGCUGAGCUUCUCAAACUGACUCCACCCCUAAUAUGACCUUUGCCCAUAACCCUGGCCAAAUUCUACUCAAAACAUCUUCAUCACCUCUGAACAUGCCCCAGUGCUACCUACACCAGAACUUCUUCAACGCUGACCUCACCCUCAAUAAUGAUACAACAACUUCCUCACUAUUAACCUCGCCUCAAUGUAAUCGCAGGCCCUGCCUAAUACUACUUAUACCCUUAUACUACUAUAGUGACCCCGCCCCAUCACUACAUACACCACACCUUCUUCACUUCUGAUUCCACCCAUUACACUACCUAUGCCACACCUUUUAAUCUCUGGCCCACCCCAAUAUUACCAUACCUUAUUUACACAUGACUCCAAUUCACAACAAACAACGCCCUCUUCACUUCUGACCCCACCCUCAACCCUACCUGUGCCACACCCCUUCCAUCUCUGACUCCACCCCUGUAUUAUCUACAGUAUACCACAUAUUUUCCCCUCUGAUCCCACUGUCACUACCUACACCACACCCAUUUCAAUUCUGACUCCGCCCACAACUCUACAUAUGCCACACCUUCUUAAUGUGUGGCCCUGCCCCAAUAUUAUCUAUACCAUGGCUUCUUUUGACAUGACAUACCACACCUUCUUCACAUCUACUAUUUGCUGGUAUUGUAAAUCUUUUAAAAAUGCGCUUGUGUUUUUUAUUAUUUAUUCAUUUAUUUUUACCAUGCUACUGAAAGUUAAUUAUGAAGUCAAUAGAAGGAUUGUAAGAAGGAAAGAAAGAUCUUUUUUUUCAAUCUUUUCUGGAUAUUUUUGUUGAAAGUUAACAAAACCUGAAGAGAUACACAAUUUGCAUGGAACAACAUUAGCGAUAGAAGUUGAAUGGAGACCAAAAGAAAUAGUUUCGGUGACAUAAGAACCAAGGUGUUGGUGUUUAUUCAUGUGAUAUUUAUUGAUAUUUAUUAUUAUGAACUAUGUAUUAUGUGGGGAAAUAUUGUAGGCUGUGUGUGUGUGUGUGUGUGUGUGAGAGAGAGAGAGAGAGACGGCAUGUAUUCAAAUGGGUGAGUGCAACAGAUUUGAAGAAACGUAUGAGUGUCAUGUGUGCCAAUCUGUCGAACAGUGUUCAAAGUCUUUGUAUCUGACUAUGAGUGUCUGAAAGUACGAACGUGUGCUAAACUCAAGCACAGUGAAUUUUGUGUCUGUCACUGCCACGCUCAGGAUUUUCAGGCUCUCAUCCUAUAAGCUUCUGGAUCCUCUUCCAACAUCCGUGAAUUUACAAAUGGCUGCAGCUUUCAUGUGGUACAUUCGUUGGUCCUAAAACAUGCAGUGACUGUCCUGUUGUACCAAGCCAUGUUCUACAGCUUCACUGUGUCAAGCUUUUAGCUUUAUUCACUACUGAAGGCAUUGCGUCAUUGAGUCAUGUGGUUGUGUUUGAACACAACAUGGGUGCCUUGAUACCAACAGUAAAAUGUCUCUAGGCCAUACAGUAGGUCUGUCACUGAGUUUACACUGACAAGAUGCUGAAAAUGAUGAGUUUCAUUCAUGCGCAAUGUGAAUAUUUAACCCAUGAAAUGUGAGUCCUCACUUUCACUGUGUAAAUCCUGAGCGUAUCUAAUUAUUCAAGCACUUACCUCUCCUGAUAGCAUCGGCGCCACCUAAUUUGCGUUUGUGUGCGUGGUUAAUGUAUAAUGGAUUGGAUUCCAGUUCAAUUUCAGUUUGCUCUCUUUAAUCAGUCCUCCAUCUGCUCCUUAACUAAUAAGACUUGGUUCAUUUCCAGUUAGCCAGGAUUUAAACUUGCUUAGUUAGCCCAGAUCUCUAUCCCAUACUCUUCUUUGCUGAGCGAUACAGUGAUUACGGGUUUCAGUUUGCAGAUAUUACAUAAUUGUUUACAAGGGGGUAAUGUGUCCCCAUUUUCCCAGCUAUCAGCCAUCUGCUUGGCCCAACUUGGGACACAUGCUAUAGGAAAUGAAAAGUUAAAGCUGUAGGAAAUUCUCACUAUUAGGGGCCCCAGCAGACCAGUGCUUCAAACUUUUUAAUGCACUAAAUAAAAGUCAUUUUAAGGAGCUUUCUGAAAAAUGGUAAGAGGGAACGCAUAGUCCCAUUACCUGAUUUAUAAUGACGCCAAUGGCCAAAUGCACCAUUUUAGAAGGGUGUUAUCUUUUAUGACGACACCGUUGGCUUAAAAGAGGCUAGCCUGCUACAGCCCUCUAUUUUCGUGAAUGAUAAACCAUACAAAUCUACAGUCAGCCAUCUAUGGAAAUGUUGCAAGUGCUCUGCUCACUUUCUUACACAAUGUGUGACGCGAAAGUGGGCGAAACAGAUGUAGAUACAGUCCGCAUUUAUACUGGCAUAUGUGUAUUUAUACAUUCCAAUGAUACUAGAUUAAAAAAGCACAGAGUGAUGUAUUUUUAGUGCUUCUUGUUGCUAGGCGACGUCUUAAAAGAGUCAUUGUCUUUCUGUCAUUAUGUUGUCUGGUGUCAGUGCUCUAGGGUGGGUGGAAAGGGGGAUCCGUGGAUUGUAAUUACUUUAUAAGGUCACUCUCAUCUCUCUCCUUUUAUCUGGCCACACAGGGUUAAUGAACUUAAAGGUUCCACCCUAAUUCAAGGACAAUCCUUAAUUAAUUAAGAGUUUUGCGUCAUAUUAAUAUAAGCUUUUGCUUUGCGGAGAGCAGAGCAGUGAUUGAUCUCCCUGAGGUAAACAUAUUUAAACAUAGCAGUCAUAGUUGCAUCAAACUAAUGGGGUUUUCUAAAAAUAAACAUUACCAACUACAGAGGAUUAUGGUAGUGAAUCUCCAUGCAAUGCUCAGUAGCCAGCCAAUAACCUUGAAGAAAAAUACCAUACGAGAACAUAUCGUGCUAGAAAAUCUGUUUAUGCGGACCACGUAGGACCAUCUCUUGUGGAAUAAGCCUAAAGCAUUGUGACUGAUUUAUGAUCAAAUAACAGUAGAUGUGCAUAGAAACACACUUAAAGUGAAAGUUCACUCUUUGUGUCGUUUCAAACCUGGAUGAUUUUCUUUCUUCAGUGGAAAACAAAAUACGUUUUGUUAAUACACGUAAUGUCAUUGGGGACCACAAUAUCAAUAAACCCCAUUAACUUUAAUUAUAUAGGGGACAAAAAGAAAGAAAGUAAAAACAGUGAUAGCAUAAUUUUCCUUAUUGGCUAAAAUGUGUUUCCACACUUAUUUACUGUUAUUUGAUCUUAAUUCAGUCCCCACUUCCCCAAAACACCCUCAGCAUAAACAAAAUGGCCUUGAAUAUCUGAUAUUCAUAGUCCGUCAUAGCAUGCUCGUUUCAUUCUUGUACGUCAGAGUGCUUGUGUCGUGCGAGAGUCCCAGGUGUCACAUGUGCUCUAUUGUGAUACUUCAAUCUUAAAGCAUGUCUUUUCUAUGUGUGUGCAUUUGUCUUCUAAUAUUGCAUUUCUCUUUAAUCACAAAAAUUGAAAUAUUUACAAAAGAAUUGAAAUUGUGUUUGGUUUUGUAUGUAUUGCUAUUUGAUAAAUUACUGUUUUAAAUGACUUUGUUUUUUUUAAGCCAAGUGUUCUUUACUUAGCUAUAUGACACUAUUGUUGUCUUGAGAUAUGUUCUGUACUAAGACAAAUUUAUAUUUUGAGUAAAAAAUUUAAGUGCUGCAUAAAGUACUUUAUCAUCACUUUCACAACAACAAUAACUACUACAACAACAUCAAAAUAAUUUAUGUUCUCAAUGUUGUAUCUAAAACUAUGUGUGAGGGAGAAAGGGUGUGAUUUUUAUGUGAAUUCAUUAAAGCUGUAAUGUGAAGGGAAACUACAGGAUUUUGCCGAAAGAUGGAGAAUGAGUCUCUGUUUGUAAUGCGUAAAACUUUGUUUCAUAUUUAAUUUAUUAAUGAGUACAUUAAAGUUGGAAUUGUAUAUUA